AUUUACUUCUUCCACUAUUUUAAAAAUUACCAUCACUUCUCCAUCAUCCUGGACUUGUGAACUGCAUAUCUAUUCUGAACUCUUUGAAGUUAUCACUGAAAAUUUCAAUUCAGAGAAAUGGAAAACAUUAAAGAUCCAUCAAGUUACCGCACUCCAGUCUUAUUGCAGAGUGAGGAAUUAAUCAAGUAUAUACUGGAAACUGCUAUUUACCCUCGAGAACCAAAGCCUCUCAAGGAGCUGAGGGAUGCUACUCAGAAUCAUCCUUCAUAUUCAUUCAGGAGCUUCAUAGCUACUUCACCUGAUGCGGGUCAACUAAUCACCAUACUUUUGAAGCUGUUGAAUCCCAAAAAGACAAUUGAAGUGGGAGUGUUUACUGGGUACUCACUUCUCCUCACUGCUCUCAACAUUCCUGAUGAUGGAAAGAUCACAGCCAUAGAUAUUGACAGAAAAGCUUAUGAAGUUGGAUUACCAGUCAUCAAAAAGGCUGCUGUAGAGCACAAGAUUGAUUUCAUAGAGUCCCCAGCUCUACCAAUUCUUGAUAAACUACUAGAAGAUCCUGCAAACGAAGGAACUUAUGAGUUUGCCUACAUUGAUGCUGACAAAGAGAACUAUGUGAACUACCAUGAGAGGCUUAUAAAACUGGUCAAGGUUGGUGGGUUACUUGUAUAUGACAAUGUUCUCUGGGGUGGACGUGUUGCUUGGCCUGAAGAGGAAGUUCCACUACAUGCCAGAUCAGCGACGCAAGCAAUUAUUGAAUUUAACAAAAGAAUAACACAAGAUUCUCGUGUUGAAUUUGCUUUUACUUCCGUAGGGGAUGGACUCAGUAUUUGCAGGCGCAUUGCCUGAGUUUUCUCCUAAAGUUGUUUGAUUAUCGGUGUCAUAUGUUUCAGUAUUGUGAGCAUUUUAGUAUCCAGUGUUUCUAUGUGUUUCUUUAUUGUAACCAACAAAUGAAGGAACUUUUGACUUUUCCUUCUUUGAUCAGUGGUUUUUGAUACAUUGAAACGAUUUACGUUUUGAAAUUCAUGAUGUGUU